GCUGUGGGCUGUGGCACUUGGCCAGAGGUGGCGCUGGUUGACUCGAGUCCAUGUUAGUGCACAAAGCAAACUGCUCGCUUCACUCUUGCUGUCCUGUGAACAACAUCGGCGUGGUGUUAAUUGUUUGCUGUUUUCGCGAUCGCGUCGCGCGUGAGGAUAUCACCAGGUAAACUCGCGACAUCUUUAAACAUUUUGUUGUUCAACAGCAUCACGACGGACGGAGUGUGUUUGAGACAACCUCACAAGUGUCACAGGUGACACGUUUGGCGUUUUUUUGCUGGUUUGUCGGUAGCAGCUCCUGAAACGCAAGACUGCCACACAUCUGUUCCACCAACGCCAGUAGAUCUGGAACACCGGCCACGAAAGGGUUUUGUUUACAGCGUCCGCGUGACGUCAGAGUCAGCUGUGCCUCGCGCAAGCGCUGUCCGCGUGCACGCGCGUGUGUGGAUGAUUCAGCAGCAGCGGCUCGAGCUCUGAGCAUGUGCGGCACAAACAGACUGCACGCGGACAAAAGGCGUUCACGUUAGCGUCUCCUCUCCGUCAGGGCGCGCGGAGGUGAUCGUCGGCAGCGCGAGACCCGCCGAGCCCGGGAGGAGCAUCCACAGGCCCCACAGCUCAGCGCCGUUUACUGGGACUCUUACCGCCGCCCGGCCUCCAGCACACCGCCAGCGGCCGGAUAUUACCUCGGCACAGCCCGGCUCACAGCCCCAUUGCAGCUCGGCUGUCUUCAUCCAGCCGAGCUGCAUAUUUCCGCAUUUCGGCGUCAGAUGCUCCGAGUGGUUCGCAGAUCCUCUGACUCUGUGUCUCCAUGGUGAAGUGGGCGGGGUUUGAUGUCAGCCCCUCAUCUCGUCGACCCUCCCGCCAUGCCCACCAUGGUCUCUAGGUUGCCCAAGUUUGGUUCUCGGCCCAGAUCUCAGACGGCUCCCGCCGCCGUCAGCACCAGCGCUGCUGCUGCUGCCGCCAGCGCCGGCACCCGCCUCACCAACGGGUUCUACCACCACCCUGGACCAUCAGGGGGCAACGGCGCCCUAACGGCGCCCCCGUCCUCGGCUAAACAGAAUGGAUUUAUCCGAGUGCCGAGUUCGAUUUCUGUGAAAUUGAGGAGAGAAAAUGAAUUGAUGGUGGACGGCGGCGGUGAUGGGGAGAGGGCGUGGAGCCGGGGGAAGGGCGGGUGGAAUCGCAGCAGCGUCCAGCAGUUUUACUCCCAGCGUGACGCCAAAAAAGCAGCCUCUGUGGAAAAGGGGCGUGGCUUUGGCCUGCCUGUGCCAUCAUCAUCAUCGCCGUCUCCACAGUCCAGCCCCAGCACGCCUCCUGCUUCCAAAAUCAGAUCCAACAAACUGAGUCCAUCAGGGCCGACCAACGGCGCCAAACACGCCCUGAAUGGCGUUUCGGGGCCAAAACCGCGGCCCGGACCCAGCAGCUCUCUGAGACGGCCUCAGAGUUUCCUCUCUCGUGCCGGCGGUUCUGGUCCUGGAUCUCGAGCUGGUUCCCCGUUCCAGAAGAAGACUCCAGCCAACCGCUCGUACUCCAGCGACAGCCUCGGCUCCGCUGUCUCCGUCCGGCUCACUGAAGACGAUCGCUUUCGCUCACGGAGCCUCACCCAGGUCCGACGGCAGCCCUCCCCCACCCUCACUCCUUCCUCCGCCUCCUCCUCGUCCCUCCCUCAGUCCCCCUCCACCAGCAGGGCCCCACCUAAAGGCAGCCUGCUGAAACCACCUGUUAGCAGCCAGGCAGGUAGAGGCGGAGCCUGUGUUGGUUCUGCUGCUUCAGCGAGGUCGGGGGUCCCCUCCCUCCUGCCUCCAUCUGCCUUAAAGAAACCUCUCCUACCCAGCCUGAGCCCCACCUCCAGGCCCAGUGGCAUCAGCUACAAGAUGUCACGCCCAACACUCAUCAAGCAGUCCCGCCCACUGCGAGCGACGACGGCCAAUCAGUGUGUAGACGACCAAGGACUGAGCAGACGGAAGGACUCUGUAGAGACGCCUUCGACGACAGAAAACAGCCCAGAAAACACUCCAGAGGCUCCGGACGCAGAGGAGCUGCCGGCAGAGCCUGCAUCCCAGGCAGAGGUGUCGAUUUUAGGGGAGACGCUGGAGGACAUGUCCCUGUCUUCCACCUCCUCUCUGGAUAGAAACGACACCAGUCAGGAGUACAUGGACGACUUUGACAACCUCGGAAACGGAGGCGUCGGCAUCCUGCUGCUCUCCUCCAAAAACGAGGAAGACGACUCCGGGCUCGACCAAUCGUGCGCCAGGUUUGAUGACGACAAGGUGGUCGCUAAUUGUGUCACCAAGGCGACCGGGCUGUGUUUUCUGGAUGAUGGUAUCGACUGGAGCAGCGUGAGACUCACAGGUGAACGAGGAGACCAUCAGCUGACCCGACUCUCCCGCCGGAGACGGUCCAGUCAGCCGGACUACCACGAGCAGGGCGGCUCGUCCCUGGACCUGUCCCCCUCCGACAGCUGCGGGUCCGGGGGCACUUACAUGUGGGACGAGGAGGGUCUGGAGCCCCUGGGGGGCGUCGCCACAACCGCGUCCAUUCACACCAGCAGCAACACCACCCACCACAUCGGGAGCUUCGACUCCGACCUCAACAGCAUCGACAUCUUGAACAACCUGGACUCGUGCGAUCUGGCUGAUGAUGAUCUCAUGCUGGACGCAGACUUCCCAGAGGAUGGCUCUCUGCACAGCGACGGAGACGGGCUGUCCCACAUGGCUCAGUGGAGGAAGAGGCAGCUCUGCUGGGGGACGCAGGACGUCCACAAUGACAACGAAGGCCUCAGCGAUUUUCAGAGCUACAAGCUCACCGAGGAUCCUGGGAAUAAGAGGACGGACUCAAACAGGGACGGCGAGCUCGUCCUGGACCUCUGUCCUCCUACGAGCUCCACCUCCCCGUCUCCUGGUACUCCCAGUCUGGGUCUGGAUGUGGAGGAGCUGGCUGAAGACUGCUCGGCUGUCAGGUGUCAGCUGGAGUACCUGCAGAGGUUACUGCUGCAGGAGGACGACGGCGAUGACGACACUCUGACCACAGACACUCUGAGUCCCGAGGCCAACGACUCUUCGCGUAGCUCCGACUCACAGGUCCAGGCUCUCCUGCAGGAGGUGCAGCAGCUCAGAGAGGAGCUGCGGAGCCGUGACCGAACCAUCGCACAGCUCACCCAGCAGCUGACUGUUCCCAUGGUGACCACCAGGUGUCGCUGCCAUGAGAUGACGGCAAAGACGGAUCAACAAACGCAGACCCACAGAUACUUCACUCCUCCAAUCAGGAAGACCAGGAGCCACUGACAGGUCAAGUCCCGACGCCACCGCGAACUCAAGCUCCACCUUCCACUAACAUCUGCCCCGCACAUCUCGAAACCCCUGCUGACAGACUCCGCAACCCCCAAGCUCCCAGUUCCACCCAUCCAGCAGCCCACGUAGGAGAGGAUGACGGGGAAAAGCAGAGGAAGGUGGAGGAGACGAAGUCGGGGGAAAGGAAGAAAACCCACAGCAGGUACCUGCAGCCGCCGCAGCCCUCCAAGCUCCGCCUCUUCCCAAAGACGAGGGCAGCAUGCGACCCCGACACCAACAGCACCUCUGGACUGAAUUUCAGAACGCUGGCCUUCACCUCCACCUCCUCCCGCCUCCCCAAACCAAAGAACCACUGAAGCGUCCGACUCCUUCCUAACACGCAACGACGCGAGCGCCGAACUUCCUGUAAAAUAAAACGAGAGCUGCAGAUUAUCGAAGCUUUAGCCGAGGCUGAAAUGGACACAGUUAAUUUAUUUAACCUUAUUUUAAGAAGUUGUUGACAAUAAAGGUUUUAGUCUGAGUACUUUGCACAGAAACGGUUUCUGCAGUGAGUGGGAGGGGCCAUCAGGUUCAUCUGAAGAUGGAACGGAGGUAUGUGAGGUUUUGGCUCUUCAUCACAACCUUUAAGGAUCUUUAAAUGUCAGGGUUUUAUUUUCUUUCCAACACGCUUCGUUUAUUCUAGCAUCAACACUAAAACUGCACCGAGAGCGUCCGUUAACCAGACGGAAACGCCUCCGAUCUCGUCCUCUGAUCUCGUCCUCUGCUGUUGGUUUCAUAUAAAACAUCGGUCCUCUUCCCUCAGAGGCUCGCUCCCUCUCGCUGUGUGUUAGGAACCGAUUGUACAGCUCCUGAACUUCCUCCGACUCCUCCAUCCUUCCCUGAAGUCCAACCACAGUGAGUCUUCCUCAGUGGAGAGGCAUGAAUGAUGUGCAUCCACCUUAACCCCCAUCACCACCGCAGACUGCAUCCUCCUCCAACCUUCAUAUUUACAGACUCGCAUCAUCUCGAAGGUCAGAAAGUUCCAGGACCUUGAUCUCGUCGCCCGUCCGUGUGUUUUCAGUUCGGUGUUCACUUCACUGUGUUUCGCUUAGAAACCUGUUGGUUUUCAGACAAGACUCCGAUAUGAGGCUGAAAUCUUGUCCAAAUAGCUGCUGGUUGGUGUGAACACCACCUUCCUCCUGCAUCAGCUGUGAAAGUGUGGCAGUCUUUGUUCCCAUGAAAGCCGAUGGAAGAACAUCUGUGUGCUUGAAGAGUCCUGAAGUUGGAGGUUUUUUACCAUCUGGCAGUGAUUUGAAAAUCAGUCCAGCAGAAGUCUGGAUGGACACAAAAGUCUCAGCAUGCUGCAAGCGCUCCAGCUCUGUUCUGACUUUAAUGGUUUGAGGAUGUUUGUUUCAGUCUACUGUGACUGUCCCCCAAAAACCCUCCAACUAAAAUAAAAUCAGAGCUCCAGAAGUUUCACCUCAGAGGCCCGACGAGUGACUCCAGGCUUUGCUGUUUCUGCAGAGGAAGCGUUCAGGCGCUCAGCAGAGACAUCUGCUGAAUCUGCUCUGAGCUUUGAGCUCUGCUGUGGAAGCAGAAAUCACAGCGUGCAGGAGGAGGAAGGUUUCCUCCCAGGUCAAAAUAAUCCCUACUAAUCUGAUACUGGAACGUGAUGUUUUAGCUCCUCCCCCUUUGGUGUGAACUAAAGAGCCACACCAAGAGAUGAAGGAGCUCCAAUUGGUUUGCUUUUUAGGAAACGGCUGAGAUGAGCUCGGCAGUAUGGUGUGAAGCAUGCUGAGGCCUUCUUGUCUGAAGGCUGGAGUCAUUUCAGACACUCAGUAAACGAAUAAAAGGCUAGAAAGUUCAAAUAAUUUUCGGAUUACAGGUGAUCAGAGGAGGAGCUGGUAGCUUAAGUGUUUUUCCUUGAAGGCAAACUGACAUUUCAGCCCGUCUGUCAGUCGUCCUUUGAACAUUUGGACAUUACUGCGUCUCACUCGUGCAGUCAGGAUCCGCCUGCUGAACCACGUUCACGUUCAUUCUUCUACAGGACAACGAGUCUCCCUCAUACCUGACAAAUCAAACAUAGUCUCCCUUCUGUCAGCGAUUAACUGUCAGUGCUGCUCGCUUUGAUAUUAGUAACCGUAUAUGCAAUAAAAUAUGCAACAGAGUCGCAGGUUCAAGCCCUAAAAGAGGAAACUUUGUUGCAUUUAAAAUAUAUGCAAGACCAGCUCAGCUUAGUUCCACGUUUCACAAAGAAGAGGACGCUCGCUGUCUCUACAGACAAUCCGGGAAUCUGCUAAAUCCUGCAUGUCCGGUGCCGAGAAACGAAGUAGAAGCGGUUUUGGGGCGAUUACUGAAACCACGAGGCGGCUCGGUGUGAAGAACGACGGCAGACUGAGGAAACCGCCCGGCUCCAGCUCGCAUCUACCCCAACAGCAGAGUCUGACUGUGCUGGCGUCAGGUUUGCUCACAUUUGACUGAUCAAUGCAUUUAAAUGCUUUAAAUCCUCGUUCAGCUCUGAGCCGCAGCGACUUUAACAUGAGCAGGUUUCUCAGACGUCUGCUCUUAACUUUCUGCUGCGUCACUGCUCAGGUGGAGUCGCUCGUCUCCUUUAGAUCUCGUCGUUCGCUCCCAGUGGGGAAAUCGGAGCCGCCUUAAUUCAUGCGAGCGACACGAAGCCCAGCAGGGCGCGUUCGCAGCAGAGCUUCAGCUGCUGCUGCUCUUAAAGUUCAUCAUCAAAGUCCUGGAACACACAGAGUCUGCAGGAACGCUGUGAUUGAUGUUCCUCGGUGAGCCCCUCAUCGAUGGGGGGAAAUUAAAGCAGAAGGCAAACAGGGAAUGUCCGUUUGAAAUGAAAGAGGAAAAUAAAUUAGUGCACUGUGUUUAUUUCAUCUGGUUCAAACAAGGUUUGACGUUUUCUUUUCCACCUUUUCACCAAAAACGACCAGAAAAAAUGAAAAAAAUCAGCCACCUCAAGGCUCCGCCUCGGCCUUCGUGUCUCUGUCUGCGCCUGUUUGUCUAAACCCUCCAGAAGUGAGCAGCUCUGAGCGAAGACUCGCUGAAAGCUGCUGAAUCUGAAACAAGCAGCCCAUCACAGCUGUUUGUUUGAUAUACCUCCUGUAAUCAUGGAGACUAAUCGGGGCAGCUGAAAACAAGCAUGUCCAAUCAGCGCAAAGCACGAAAGAAAACCUUCAAAGUAAAACAGGAAGUGAACUAAAGACACAGAGCAACCAAAACCUCUAAAAUCUGAAACAAAACCCGGAGCAGGACGGUUACGGAAACUCGAGGCAAAAACCAGGAGCUUAAAAUAGUCCAGCUUUGUCUCUGAGGCGUCCUCUGCAGUCAGAGGAGGUCGUGUCUGAGCGUCUUCAUCUGCUGCUCGUCUUCACACCGUCGUGUCUCAGGUUUAAUUUUAAAGUUUGCCCCUCAUCGUUAUUCAAACAUCCAAUCAGGUUUUAUCAGCUGCCGAAGUUUAAAAGUGACUAAAACCACCCGGGGAGAGAAAAACCUUCUGCCCGGGUCACAGAGUGUGAACCAUGAAGUCGUGGUCAUGUACAUUACACAGAGCGUUAGUGUGUUUGUCUCACAGAGUUUUUAAAUCAUUAUUAAACUCGAUCACAUCCGCUUCAUCACUUAUUUGACUGCUUUUAAGAAAACUCUGCAUUUCCUUCUGUGCUUUCAAAAUAAAAGUCUUCUGUGUAGGGAGACUGUACACUCUAAACAUUUUUUAGUCCUUACAAAUAACCUGAAUACAUUUAUUUACAUGUAAAUUUUCCAUGUAAUUUAGUUGCAUAGGUACAGUUUAAAAUGUUAACUUGACUGCUAUACGUUCAGUUUACACCAAGCACAUUUUCCUUAAUAAUUACUUAUUUAAAUCAAUGAAACUUUGACUUUUACAUAUUUCAGCUGCACUUAAAAUUGUUGCUUAUGCUUAUUAAGAGUGAAGAAUCAUUAUUUGAGUGUAACUUUAAGUUCUCAGACUGGUUUUAUUGUGACACACCUGUGCAGGAAGUACUGAGAUUCACUAACAGCUCAACAACAAUUAUAAGAAACAAUUUCACAAUAAAAGCCAAUAAUCCUGAAUGCUUUUACUGUGAAAUAAGGGGGUACAGCAGUUUCUUUAAAGCUAGCUUAACAGUGACAAAAACACACAAGGUAGAAAACACUGAUGAUCAGCAGAGAAACACAUUUAAAGUGUUUUUAUCAGGAUGAACGUUACGCUCGAUCCGUGAAGUCAGCCCUGCUGUGGAAAACCUCUCUGCUGUUGUUUGAAAUAAUUAAAUUAUUGAAGGCUUUAUGAGUAAAGUGCUGGGAAUGUUUUCAUGUUCACAUUGAGAUGACUCUAAUAUUUCAUAAUCGUCUGUAUUUAAACUGUAUUUAAACGAUUCAGUGGAAUACUCUGAAUAAUGUACUCACGCUGUGUCUGUCUUCUACUUCCUCUCUGCUUUUAUUUUGAAAACUUGAACUUUUGUUUGUUUCCUGGUUUUGGUGCAAUAACUGACGUAUUUAUGUGAUGAAGCGUGUACGUGGUGCGGACUGUAACGUUGUUGAAGCACCGAGAGGAAAAAGCACUUUAAAACAAGCGUCUCACCUGCUGA